AAAAAAAAAAAGNACACGGGGUUCCGUAGAAUCAUCCAAUGUACUUUAAAGCUCCUUUCAUUCGUUUUACUUGAAAGACUCAUCCUCUCCGGCUCUCCCUAUCCAUUCAUCUCUCGAAGCGCGGACGCACACACAAGCGCAAAAUCGUCUCUUGUUGCAGAGCAAUAUGGGUUUUGGGCGAUAUGAGGUGUUCUAUUGUUCGAUUGAUUUAUUGGAUAAAGGUAGAAACCCUUCAACUGUCCAGAGAGGGAUACAAAGGAAAGAUAAGCCGAGAGGUCGUCAUCACGGGCUGACUCAACAGAAGAGGCAGGAGAUAAAGGAGGCUUUUGAACUGUUUGAUACUGAUGGAUCUGGAACCAUUGAUGCGAAAGAAUUGAAUGUAGCCAUGAGGGCUCUUGGUUUUGAAAUGUCAGAAGAGGAAAUCACUCGAAUGAUCGCUGAAGUAGACAAAGAUGGCAGUGGGGCUAUUGACUUUGAUGAGUUUUGUCACAUGAUGACAGCUAAAUUUGGAGAAAGGGACACUAAUGAAGAGCUCAAGAAGGCUUUUCGCAUUAUUGACCAAAACAAUAAUGGGAGCAUAUGUCUUGGAGAUAUUAGACGCAUAGCAAAUGAUUUGGGUGAAAGAUUCACUGAAAAAGAGCUGCAGGAUAUGAUUAGGGAAGCAGACCGAGAUAAUGAUGGUGAAGUAAGUUUGGAUGAUUUCUUGAAGAUGAUGAGCCGAACCUCCCUGUUUUCUUGUCUGAAAAUAAUGUUGUACAGUAUGCUCCAGUUGAGGGCUAUUACUGUUCAGGAUUAUUACGACAAGGAUCUUUGA